GAAUAAUUUAACAAGUUUAUACAAAUUUUUUAACAAUGGAAGUGAACGAAUUUUACUGAAAAGGAGUAAAACGAGUUGGCGCUUUAUACUUUUUAAAUACUGUUCCAGCUUAGAACUGUUUGCCCCUGCGGAAUUUCAAGAGCAGACGUUCUCUACAAUUCAGCAUGGCGGCGAAUUUUGGAGAAUUUAGCUGACAUUUUGUAGGCUGUAAAUUCCACAUAAACCUCCUAACAACGCAAGACAACACAGGCUUCAUGCAGGCUCAGGAACACAGCAGGGUCCAGGCGCAUUUGUCACGAUAAAGAGUGUGAGACAGGUACAGUACAAAGCUCUACCCUGACCUCCGACCCCAUGCAGGGUCAGGUCAGAGGGGUCAAGUAGUUAAAGGUCAUUGAUCUCCUUGGUAUCAGGUUAACACACUGUGCAUAAAAUGUGGCCCGCCCAUCAUGGGGGCCAGUGGGGGGCUCAGGCCCAGCAACAAUACUUCGCGAACGAAGGUACCGACUGGGGAGCACUCGCCCAGGAAUGGAUCCGGCAGCGUGUCGUCGUCGAUGGCCUAGCCCAGGAGGCAAGAGAUCAGGAACACCAUCAUCGUCCGCCUCCACUUCCUCAAGAAACCCAACGUCCUCCUCUUCCAGAUCAGCCUCCCCCUCCAUUGCCAGGGGACCGCCGAGAUAUCCCGCGCCCUCCCCCAGAAGAUGACAGAGGACCUGGUUCCUGGAACCGAGAGAAACUGGUUCUCCAACACCAGCCUCCGCCUCCUCCUCAAGGUUUCUUCCACCAUGACAACUGGGAAACCCAUCACGCCCACAUACCACCCCCUGGGCAUCCCCAUGAGCCCAAAUUCCCCAUGAUGCCCUCGAUGCAUCAUCCUCCGCCCCACCACCUCCCGCCCCCUCCUCUUCAUCCUCCCCCUCGCCUCCCGCCUCCGCCGCCCCUUCUGAGUCAGUCAUCACCGCAUCACCCUCCUCCCCCUGAGGAGAAACCCGCCGUGCAGACCUUCGAUUACGGCCAUGGGAACACGCACGGAAACACCCAGGGAAACACCCACGGACACGCCCACGAAAACACCCACGGUAACGGCCAUGUUGCACCGGUGACCUUCGAGCAUAACCACGGCAUCGCUGCAAUCAAGUCCGAGCCGAGCCACUUGGAUUCCCCGAAUCAUCCCUAUGAGUACAGCAACCAACCACGCCCGGCGGAGAAGACACAAGAACCUCAUGAACAUCAUGAUCAUGGGGACCCAUAUCAACAUUUUCAUUCUCAACCUCCCCUGCAUCCCCCGCAUCCCCCGCAUCAUCAAGAGAUGUACCCAGAAGAGGGUUACGCGCCAACUCAAGACUACUUCUACAAGCAGGACUGGCACCAAGACUCCCACACAGACAAUCAGCAUCAUAAUCGCGACAACGGACGAGCGAUGCCGCCUCACGUGGAUCACAUGAUGAGGAUGGACAGACACGGGAACUACGUCGAGGACAGACACAAUCGACGGAGCUACCCGAGACACAGUGGUGGUGUUGAGGAUAAGGAGGCGUUAGCAGCUGCUGCAGAACUCGAUGCCGUCAAGCGUAAGAUGCUUCCAGCUUGGAUACGGGAAGGAUUGGACAGUAUGGAGCGCUCAAAGCAGAAGAAGAUCGAGAAAGAUCGAAUGGAUAAAGAAAAGCGGGAACGUCUGGAGGCAAGAAAGAAGGCUGAGCAAGAGGUUGAGAAUGAGAUCCGACUGGCUCAGGGGCUUCCCCCAAUAUCAAAAUAUGAUGACAGCGAUCAGGAGUCUGAGACCUCGGUGACGUCUGAGGUGACGGAUGAUGAAGAAGAGGAACCAAAGCCCAAAGAAGGAGCGUCCUCUCCAGCAGCCAAAGGCCCUGGGGAGGAGGAGAAGGUUAAGGAAGAGGUGGAAGAGGAGGAGGAGGAGGAGGAGGAGGUAGUGCCUAAGACAGCUGAAGAGAAGAGACUUGAGAUGAUGAUGAAAGUGAAGCAGCUGAUGGUGGAAACUCUGGUUACCGUGACGACGGAAGAAAUCCGAGCCGUUGCCGAGGAGGUUUACAAGAGAGAGAAGAUCAAGGCAAAACAAGCCCAGACCAAGGUGUUAUCAGUGUCCACCACGUCCGCACUGGCCUCCAUCACAGGACUAGGUGGUUUGACGUCCUAUGACUCUGACAGUGACGACGGCAGUGGCACUGACGAGGACGACGGUGACGACGAUGUGGACAGUGACGAGGAACUUCAGAUCAGCAUCAAAGAGAAGCAUCGAGCUUGGGCUACACGAAAGAGAGAAGUUGAGGAAGAGUCUGAGGAGGAAGAAGAUGAGGAUGACCAGAAAGAGGACCAAAAGGAAGAGACGAGAUCGCCAGAAAAGGAAGCGAAGCCCCAAGGAAAAGAGAAGACGUUAAGCCCUGCAGCACAAGUCAAAUCACCGAAUGUUGCUAAAGAAAGCCACAAAAGCAGUCGCAAUAAAGAAAAGCGAGCAAAGCGAACAGAUAGCUCACAAAGCAGCAGCGGUUCAGACUCUGAGAGCAGCUCAAGCGAUGGCAGCAGCACAAGCGGCAGCAGCAGCAGGUCCGGCAGCCGCAGUAGUUCACAUAGCAGAGAUCGAUCACGCAGCAGAGACCAAUAUAAGCGCAAGAAGAGAUCACGCAGCAGAUCUAAAAGUAGGGAGCGAAAGCGUUCAAGAGAGAGACGUCGUAAGGAACGCUCAAGAACUCCAGAGAAACGCCGUCACAGAAGCAAAGAUGAGCGAAGGAGAAGUCGAGAUCGCAGUAGAUCUAGGUCUAGCAGUCGGGAGAAGUCUCACCGCAGCAAGCGCGUCUCGCAUUCCCCCGAGCCCGAGAGGAAACGAAGAGAGUCGCACAGAAGCUCCCAUCGAAGUCCGACUCCCAAAUCAAGUAAAAAGCGGAAAAGCAGCAGCCGCAGAAAGCGCGAGGACUCUGAGGAAAGUUCUAAUAGCUCCUCGAGCGCGUCCAAAUCUAGCUCAAAGCGCAAGAAGCGGAGCAAGACGCACCGUCGCGACAAAGAGGAGAAAAGCAUCCGUAGUAAAUCAUCACACCACGAUGACAGCAAGUCGAGAAGUUCAGAUAAGAAAAGCCGGGAUCAGAAGGGACGGAAGCGUUCCAGGUCCAGAUCGGCAGAGCACAGGUCUUCAAAGAGCAGUCGGAGAGACAGGUCUCGGUCGAGGAGCACAGAGAAGCGGUCCGAUCGUCACAAGAGGCGGAAGGAAAGAUCCGAGUCUAGGGAAGGGUCACCUGAUAGGUCACGUAGGAGCAGCACCGGUAAGAGGUCUGGUCGAGAACACAGGGAUAGCUCAAGAUAAAGAGCAUCCUUUUGGGUAGUGCUGACUCCUACGAUGUUGUGGGUAAAUAUAACUAUAUACAGUGAUGGGUCUAAAACAGUAGUCAAAAUAAUGAUGACAGUAGUUAUAAUUUGUUGACCUUAACUAACACGGUCAUGAAGAGCUCUGUACGUUCAUGAUACCCACUCGGAAGGGAAAAUCUUUACGAGUCUUGUUAAAAUGAAUCCAAUUUGACUGGCUGAUUAAAUGUAGUCAAAAACAAACUUGUGGUUUUGGAGCGAUUCUGGAAGGUUUGAAGGUCAUUGCUUACCUGACCCUUAACCCCUGGAGUCUGAUUAGUUGACCAUGUUUCAAAACCAGCCUAUAAUGGCUAUUUAGGAUCCAUCACUGUUCUCGCGUACAAACAAACUAACAUUGUGUAAUAUUGUUUCAAGGUACGCUUGUAAAAAGUUGUGUUCGAUUUAAGCUCACUGGUUGUAAAGUUAACAUGAAAAACUGUAUUUUGACCACCCUGGGUUUUGCUGCUAGAAAAAGAGGAUUUGAAAAAACUCUUUCACAGUGUUUUCAAAAGUAAUUGUGACAUACAAUCUCUCGACCAUGUAACAUUUGUUUACGAAAAGAGAUACAUUUCAGGUCAUUUCCUGGCAGGCAAGAUACUACACUGUUCAUAUGGGAUAUACAUUUUGUGUCAUAAUUU